AUGCUGAUGAACGCCUACCAUGAUGAGCGCUCCAGGAUCAGCAUCGACCACAGGACCGAUGGGCACCUUCUUAACAGCAGGCGACUGAAGGCCCCGACGCAUCUUUCUAAAACUACUUUUCCCGAUCUGCUCUUCGCUGACGACUGCGCAUUUAACAAUACGACCGAAGAAGGCGUGCAGUGGAGCCUGGAUAUCUCCGUCUCCGGCUGCGUCCACUUCGCACAGCCCAUCAAUGCGGACAGGACAGUGAUCAUUCAUCAGCAGGCAUUGACCGCUGGAUGUAGUGUCCCUCGCAUCCGCGUCUACGGCACCGAACUGAAGCCUGUGGACUACUUCAAAUACCUGGGCAGCGCAAUGUCUCGCUGCAUCAGAAUAGACGACGGAGUGGCCCACCGAAUCUCCAAAGCCAGCUAA